CAUUUUUUGGUGGUAAAAUUAGGUGCCUCGGCUUAUACUAGAGUGUAUACGGUAAGUUGUUUUCUAACCCCUCAGUCUUGAAAAUUCCCAGGCUAAUAAAAAAAAACAAAGUUGGGGAGAGGUGGGCGACUUUGGCCAUUGUUAAUUUGUUGGAAUGGUUAGUCGAUGCCUUCACAGGAUGAAUGGAAUGGCCCCACGGUUCCCAGCUCCCAUUGUAGCCCCCCUUUUUCUUUUUUUUUUUUCACUCCUGUACUCGAUGCCAAAUGUCGUCAGUAGGCAGUCUGUGUUUUGGAUUUUCCAAAUCGGCUCAGACAGAGAAAUUAAUAGCAUAAAAAUAGGUUGUGCGAAGGCAGCUCAUUCAUUAGGAUUUUCCGCCUUUUAACGUUCCACCGAGAUCGAACAAAGAACAACGGUGUUGUUUCAUAAUACCCGCAGAGGAAUUUAUUAAUCUCUUAAUUUGAUAUAUAAAGUUUCUGUGCUAAACUAAAUAAGGAACAGUAAUAUGUAAAUAUGUCUCUCCUGAUUAUGUUCAGAUAUCUUAUAGGGCUCGCCGUUCCUUUUUUUUUUUUUUUCGCCUUCCAUUAUAUUACAUAAAUUAAGACCGCUCACCCGUGAACAGAACAAUAGUAGGUCUUAGGUGGGGUGGGUACAUUACUGGGGCAUGCUGAAUCCUUUAAACUAUUUCCAACCUUUUUUUUUUUUUUCGGAAAUUCACAGACUAAACCGAGCACAAAAAAGUAUUGUCAGAAAAAUCAAGAUUUCCCGAAUUAAUUCAUGGAAUAAAUCGUAUGCAAAGUGUGAAAUUAAAGGGUUACUUUUUAAUAAGACCAUUAAUCCGUUGCAGUUCGGACCAGACGGGGGGAUCGCAGUGUUCACUGUAGACACAGCCGUCAGACUUGUUCAUUUUUUAAGAAUUUUUGUGAAUUACUGCAAGCCAGAAUGUGGCGUUUCAUUUGUUGUACCUGGAUUGGGAUGUUGACGGCGGAGACUUUAAUAUUGCUUCUGUUUAGUCUGCUCGGAGAAGGAGAUUCAUUGCCGCAUGUGAGGUACUCUCACGCCGGUUUAUGUCCCAAUGAAAUGAAUCCAAACCUGUGGGUGGACGCGCAAAGCACCUGCCAGCGAGAAUGUGACGCCGACCAGGAAUGUGAGACUUAUGAAAAGUGCUGUCCUAAUGUAUGUGGGACCAAGAGCUGCGUGGCAGCGCGAUACAUGGAUGUAAAAGGAAAGAAAGGUCCAGUCGGCAUGCCGAAGGAAGCAACGUGCGACCUCUUCAUGUGCACCCAGCAAGGCUCCGAAUGCGAGAUUUGGGACGGGCAACCGGUUUGCAAAUGCAGAGACAGAUGUGAGAAGGAACCCAGCUUUACUUGUGCCUCCGACGGACUUACCUACUACAACAAAUGCUUUAUGGAUGCUGAAGCUUGUACAAAGGGGAUCACAUUAACUGUGGUCACCUGUAAAUAUCACCUGUCUUGGCCCCAUACAAGCCCAUUGCCUUCAGAGACAACGGCUAACCCAACCAUUCCUACGGUUGAGACGGCUAUCCUAAAUGUGAUUCCACCCACUUUGGUCAGCAACCCAACUCACAAGGCAGUCCAUGUGGGGGAUACUGUCAGUUUUCACUGUGACGUCACUGGCAAACCCAAACCAGAAAUAACAUGGGAGAAAGAAAUGGAGGGGAAGGAAAAUCUGGUCAUGCGACCCAACCAUGUUGUCGCAAAUAUAGUGGUCACCAACAUUGCUCAGCUAGUUAUCUACAACACUCAGUUACAAGAUGCCGGUGUCUACAUGUGUACAGCCAAGAACACUGGAGGCCUCAUCAAGGUCAACUUCCCCUUGUCAGUCAAAGAACAGCCUGCUAAGGAAAAGUCCAACAAGACUUUUUUUCCAACUGACGAGUGCCUAAAGCCACCGGAUAGCGAGGACUGCGGGGAGGAACAGACUCGGUGGUACUUUGAUGCCAAGAAAAACAACUGUUUUAUUUUUGUGUAUGGUAACUGCAACAUCAACUUGAACCACUUUGAAACGUAUGAGUUGUGUAUGAUGACUUGCAUGAAUGGACCCGUCAACUUCUGCAGUUACCCUGCUCUACAAGGCCCUUGUAAGGCCUAUGAGCCAAGAUGGGCUUAUAACAAACUACUGAGCCAGUGCCAAUCCUUCAUCUAUGGUGGCUGCGGAGGUAAUGAAAACAACUUUGAGAGCAAAGAGAUGUGUGAAGACAUGUGCCCUUUCCCCAAGAACCAGAAGUGCAAAGUGUGCAAACCUCGGCAGAAACUGGUCACUAGCUUCUGCAAAAGUGACUUUGCCAUUCUGGGGCGUAUCAUUGAGCUGACCGAAGAUCAGGAUUCGGGCAAUGCCCUGGUCUCUGUUGAAGAUAUCUUGAAAGAUGAAAAAAUGGGACUUAAGUUUCUUGGAAAGCAGCCGCUGGAAGUCACCUUGCUGAACAUGGACUGGAGCUGUCCGUGUCCCAACAUGACAUCUGUCAGUGGUCAGCUCAUUAUAAUGGGUGAUGUGCAUAACGGCAUGGCUGUCCUAAAACCGCACAGCUUUGUUGGCAUGUCGAGCGCUCGCCGUGUGCGCAAACUGCGUGAAGUCAUUCACAGUAAAACAUGUGACCUUCUGAAGGAGAUUUUAAGCCAACCGUAAUCAAUAUUAGUAUAAGCAUAUGCAAUAUCUUCAAACAUUUCUGGGGCUUCCAAAACUGUCCAGGCUUCGGGAUCUGACAUUUUUUAAAUCCCAAAAUAUUGCAAGUUUUUGAAUGUUUCCUGGUGCAGGACAGUUUCGGGAGAUCAGUUUGUUUUCUCUUAACUUUACUAAUAUUGUAAUUUCACUUUGACUUAAACAUUAACAUGUGAUUUGGGAUUCUCCAUGCAGUGGGCUGUGUGCAAGGAAAGUUUGGGAGUUUUUUUUUGCAUGCACAAGGAAACAUAUUUGCUUAGCUAAAUUUACACUAUAUUGUCAAAAGUAUUGGGACUCCUGCCUUUAAACACAUGUAGGUAGAUUCACAAAGAGUUAGGCCG